AUGCCGCCACCAGCUAAGGAAUUGAAGGAGAUCCAGGGCGAUAUCUGGCCUGGUCUUGGGAAGAGCCAUGAAACGUUCUACUUGGUUUCAAUCGACAAACCCGAUGACUUUAUCACGAAAAUGAAAGCCUUCGUGGAUCAGGGACACAUCACCUCUGCUGAGUCGGCUUUGGAAAAAAGAUCCCAGAAUCGUGAUGCAGCGAAACCUAGCCCUUCUCCUGGGAUCAAUGUAUCCUUCAGCGCAUCCGGGAUGAAAAAGCUCAAAUGGGAUGAUAUGUCACUUCCUAGGGGUCAGGCUCUGACAGACCGCUACUUCAAGGAAGGGGCCAGGACCGAUGCCAUGAGCCAGGGUCGGGAUGACCAGAAUGAUUAUGAGGAUUGGAUGAAAUCUUAUGUCAGUGGUAAAAAGCUCAUUGACGGAUUAUUCCUCAUCUGCGGCAACGAGGGUUCAUGUAAAGAAGGAGUCGAUUUGGUUAAGCACCAUUUUGGCGACGCGAUUGGACUCAUCGAGGCCAUUUCAGGAGAUGUUGGGCCAGAACCACAUGGCUUUGAGCAUUUUGGGUUCAAAGAUACCAUCUCACAGCCGUUCUUGGAAGGAUGGGAGGAUUCGAGUGACACAACUCUGAAUUACCAGUGUAGGCCAGGUGUCAUCGUUAUGAACCACAAGGGCAUGAAGGGGAGUGACAAGAGAAACCCCCUCUGGGAACCCGAGUGGGCGACGAACGGCAGCUACUUUGUUUUCCGCAAACUGGCGCAAGACGUGGAAGCAUUCCACAAACGCGCGGAAGAACUUGCCAACGACAAGGAGCUAGACUUGAACAUGACCCCAAAACAGUUGGAAGCACGCUUUGUCGGCCGAUGGCACAGCGGCGCUCCAGUUGAGCUGUACCCAACGCAAGACCCUGGACCUGGCUACUCGGACAACAACUGGGAUUACGAAGACCCGAACCACGAGCUGCAUUGCCCGUAUGGAUCUCACAUCCGCAAGUGCAACCCCAGAAACACCUUCAGGCAGGUGAAGGACAAGGACCUGAGUUUGAUUAUGCGCCGCGGCAUCCCCUACGGAUCAAGAUGGAGUGAAAGCACCAAGGAUGAGCCCCGGGGCCUUUUGUUCGGAUGUUACCAGAGCAGCCUCCAGAAUGGUUACUGUGCUAUCAUGAACAAGUGGUGUAACAAUGAUGGGUUCCCGUUCCAUAAUUCGGGACAAGAUGUGCUUGUGGCACAACCCAUUAAGGGCGCCGUUGAUCCCAAUGAUCAAACACUGCACGCUAACCUCUAUGGCUUGUGUGAAGAGGGGAAUCCUCACAAGCUACGUCCUGACGGAAAGCAUCCGGAAGAGAAGAAAAAGCGUUGCAAUUUCCCCAGCUUCAUCAAGCCCCGUGGUGGAGAGUAUUUCUUCACGCCCCCCAUUUCCUUCUUUACUAAGCUGGUUGAGGGGCCGCCGGCCAUGGACGAUGAAGACGAAGAAGAAGAAGAAGAAUGA